AAGCAUACAUUCUGUUCAGAUACAAAUCAAACUUUGUUCUUAAUUUGCAACUUCAAUCUCUCCCUUAAUUUCUUUUCUAAAAUGGAUCAUCCCGUUAAAGGAGAAAUAUCUCAUGAAAUUUUUCCUUUCAUUCGACAAUACAAAGAUGGAACUGUCGAGAGACUUGCAGGUACAGAAAUUGCUCCGGCAGGAUUGGAUCCUGAAACUAAUGUUUUGUCCGUAGACACUGUUAUCAUACAAGAAACUGGCGUUUCAGCUAGAUUCUACCGGCCCAGUUCAGCCAAACUUGGCCAGAAGCUUCCUCUUGUAAUUUACUAUCACGGUGGUGGAUUUUUCGUCUCGUCCACCGCUGAUCCGAAGUACCACCAUUCUCUAAACAAGAUAGUAGCUGAGUCAAAUAUUGUUCUUGUUUCGGUUGACUACAGGUUAGCCCCUGAGAAUCCUCUUCCGACAGGAUACCAUGAUUCUUGGGCUGCACUCCAGUGGGUAGCUACUCAUGGCAAGACAAAUGCAUGGCUGAAGGAUUACGUUGACUUUGACAGAGUCUUCUUGGCCGGAGAUAGCUGCGGAGCUAACAUGGCGCAUCACUUUGCCUUACGGCUCAACGGAUCGGAACUGGGUCAAGAGCUGGAGAUACAAGGGAUUGCUAUGUUGUUUCCUUACUUUUGGGGAAAAGAUCCGAUUGGAGAGGAAAUCACUGAUCAUUUCAGGAAAUCAAUGGUGGAUUCAUGGUGGAUGUACGUUUGUCCGUCGGAUAGAGGAUGUGACGACCCGCUGAUAAACCCGUUUACAGACGGAUCUCCGAGUCUUGAAGGGUUGGCUUGCAAGAGAGUGGUGGUUAUAGUUGGGGAGAAGGAUAUAUUGAGAGACAGAGGAAGGGUUUAUUUUGGAAAUUUAGUGAGCAGUGGGUGGAAAGGGAGUGCAGAGAUGGUGGAAAUAAAAGGAGAGGAUCAUGUUUUUCAUAUAUUUGAUCCUAAUUGUGACAAUGCUCGGAGUUUGUUCAAGCGUCUACAUACUUUCUUCAAUCAAUCAUGAUUUAAUUUUUAUCACUUCUUUGUUUCUUUGAAUUCUAUUGUGUGUUCGUGUGCUAGUUGAGAGUUUUCUGUUUGGUAAUGUUUCUUUUAGGGCUGUGAAUCCUGUGAUUGGUUGAAAGAUGGCCAAAAUCAACAUAAUCAAAUCUGUAAAGAAAAAUUGAAUUUAUUUGGUUUGGUAAUUCAGUUAAA